UCUGACUCCGCAAAUGUGACCGCUCACCUCAUUUUUAUUUUUUAUCUACACCUGGAAAAAAAUAUCUCUUUGGCUCACCAGACCAUUGACCUUUGACCUUUCCGAGGGCGUCGCUGCAUCCGUCUCUCCAUCAUCUCUGUGGCGAUGACACAUUUGCGGCUAAAACGGAGAAUGGCAGUGCCCUCCACGAGGCAGCUCUCUUUGGGAAGAUGGAUGUAGUUCGCCUUCUGCUCGACUCAGGUAUCGACACCAAUCUGACAGAUUGUCAGGGAAGAGCAGCUCUGGAGAUCCUGAGGGAACAUCCUGCACCCAAAUCCCAGCAGAUCACUGCUCUUAUCCAAGAUUAUAUGAUAGAUGAGAUGGAGAGGAUGAGUAUCGUGGAGGAGCCUGUACGGAAGUGUCCCAUCCCUGCACCUAGAACCUCCAUCCCCUCGCCCUCCGCCUCCCCCUCCCUCAGACACAAGAAUGAUGCUGUGACCAGCGAGCUGUCCAAGCUGCUCCACGAGAUGAAGAAGUGCCGGGACAGGGACUACUCCUUCGAGGAGCUCUGCCACACCAUCUCCUCCCACUCCAUGGACAGCUUCGGGAGCGGGCGGCUGUCAGACGAGGACCGGCCAGAUCGACCCAACGGGACCCUGACCCGAGGCAACAAGCGGCCCACCCCUCCUCUUCCUCCUGCCCUGGAGGAAGAUGAGACCGAAAGAAGCUGCGGCCCCAGUGGAUUCUGGGAGGCCCUGACGCCCUGCAACGGCUGCCGCAACCUGGGCUUCUCCUCCAGCCUCUCACAGUUAAACACAGGGACGGUUUCGGUGAGACAGCGGGCGGCGCUCCGGCAGCAGCCGCUCGCCCCGGCUGGUUCCGGUGUCUGUCGGGACGAAGCGUGGAGCCGGGGGAAAGCCGCAGUUUGA